UCCUCUACUUACCGAACUAGGCUUAUUCAGACAGAUGCCAAAUUACUUCGCCCGUCUGAUCGUCACAAGUAAAUACAGACUUUAAUAAAUGUGUUUGAGGGCAUCUGGUUCAGCAGAUUAUUAUAAAUACCAAAUUGUUUCUGGAGUUUAAAGGAUUUCGUCUUCUGUCGUCAAAAGCGGCAUCCAGCAUCGGCCGUUUAGAGAUCGAAAAGACUGACAAGAAAGUAGACAUCCGUCCUCAACUCUGUUGGUUCAACCUGUUUGGAAAGGAUGACAGCCGUCAUUAGAGAGAAGGACCGACAUCCGACCUCGCUGCAGAGACACAGCAGAAGUGAGACGAGACAAGAUGGAUUAAAGAUCUGAGACGUUGUCUGGGGCGUGUGUGAAGCUGAUUUUAAACCUAUUCCAUAUGAACAACGUUAAAAUACUCUGAAAAGAGAGACAUUAUAGUUCAGUUCAACAAACUGAAUGACCGCUGAAAUUGAGUUACCAUAUGCCAGGGCUACAAAUCACCUGCUAUGAAAACUACCACUUGAACACAGAAGUACGCUGCCUUUGUCUACAACGUAAACGUGUUACAGAGAAACUAUCCCUAAGACUUUCCACAUAACCACAAAUAUCCAAAGGAGUGAGACCGUCGGCGGCAGCCAUGAACGAGACCGAAGAGAUGGCGCUGAAGUGCGUCCUGGUCGGGGACAGUGCCGUGGGCAAGACAGCGCUGCUGGUCCGCUUCACCUCAGAAACCUUCCCAGAAAACUACCAACCCACAGUGUUUGAAAACACAGGGGUGGAGGUGUACAUGGACGGGGUUCAGAUCAACCUGGGGCUGUGGGACACGGCGGGCAAUGACAACUUUAGACAAAUCCGACCGAGAUCCUACCACCAGGCUGACGUUGUGCUAAUCUGCUACUCUGUGGCCAACCCUAACUCUCUGGCCAGCGUCCAGCACAAGUGGAUUGCUGAGGUUCGAGAGAACUUGCCAAGGGUGCCGGUGCUGGUUGUUGCAACCCAGACAGAUCUGAGGGAGAUGGGGCAGUACCGGGGAAACUGCAUCUCAGCAGCGGAGGGGAGACGUGUGGCUCAUGAGGUCCACGCUAAAGGCUACCUGGAGUGCUCCUCCUUAAGUAACCGUGGUGUGCAGCAAGUUUUUGAGCAUGCAGUGCGAACAGCCAUUAACCAGGCUAGGAAACAGGCCAGACGACGGAUGUUCAGCCUCAACCAGUGCAAGGUCUUUUGACCUUUGAACUUGACUCGGGGGGCACCUCAGCCUUCAUGAGAGGACAUGUUUUAAUAAGGGUCCUAGUGUGCUGUUCAAACUCAGUGAGAAUCCAUUAAGGUACAAGAACCCAAAGCUGUAUUUUUUUAUGUUAGGUAGGGUUUUUCUACACUGAUGGGUCUCCUGCGCCCUCCAAAACACUUUGAUUUAGUCAUGCGUGCACUCAAAUUAAAGUUCUACUUUUGUUUGAUUCAGUGAGACGCGAAAAAAAUACUUCAUCUUCAAUUCCUCUGAACUGUUUGUGAAUGUACCACAGCACAUCUCAGGGGUAUUUCAAAUGUGGUAUCAGAAUUGUUUUGUGUUUAACAAAUACUCCAUUGUUCAGGGCAAGGCACACUUAAAUGCUUAAAUUAAAGUUAUAAUAGAUUUAAUCUUGACACAGCAUUGUUUUUUUUUAACAUCUCAGUUUGGGAUUGGAUUGGCAAAUUUAAUUAUUAUCUGGGUUAUAGAAUGAAUGUGGAGAUAAAUGAUUUCACUGCCACAAAUAAAAUGAGAAGUUAUACAGUUGCAUGGAUCUUUUACAGAUUUUUCAAAAACUAGGAAAAGUAUUUUCUCAGGCUCCUAAAAUAUUAUUAUCAAGUCAGGAAAUAAUUUUGACUGCAUAUUGAAUUUUGUCAGCACCUAUUCAAACGCCUCAGAGUAUGAAUAAGACAAUUUGAGCUACAUUUUAGCUGCAUCAGGAUAUACUGUAUAUGUAAAGCUUAUUCUCAAAUGACAUUUCACUAGAUGUGACCAGGCAAUACUCUGUCAGGCUAUUUGUUUCUAAAGGUUAUUUCUUAAUUUGUAUUUUAUUUAAAUAUAGCUGUUUAUGUAUUGUUAGAACGUAUGACCCGUUGCAGUGAAAUAAAAUGUGACAAGUGAACACAUUUCAGUCAUUAAAAAGCAAGAAACCUUAAAACAUUGAUUAAAUGGUUGUUUUGAUUCAUACAAGAUAUCAUUUGUAAGUUUCUUUUAUACAAGUAGAGAAUCCCAACUUUUAGAAAUCCUACAAUAAAGUGAAUAAACAUUGAACAUCAGCA